AUGGCUCAAUUAAAUUUAAUGCCGAACUUGCCACAAUUCGAUGCUUAUUCCGAGCCAUCGUCAAUCGCAACACGGUGGAAAGAAUGGCUCGAACAAUUCGAGAUUUUUACAAUUGCAGCUAAAGUUGAAGACAAGAAACAAAAGCGAGCGCUUCUUUUGCAUAUCAGCGGGCCAACUGUUCAGAAAGUGUUUAAAGGAUUGACGGAUACGGGAGACGACUACGAUACAGCUGCCGCAAAACUCAACGAAUAUUUUGCUCCGAAGAAACAUAUUCGAUAUGAACGAUACCAUUUUAAACAAGCAUGUCAACAAGACGGUGAGUCUAUUGAUCAAUUCGCUUCUCGACUUCGUAACCUGGCUGAAACGUGUGAGUUUGAGAAUAUUGAUGAUGUUAUUGCCGAUCAAAUUCUGGCUAAUUGUAGCUCUAAUAGACUGAAAGAAAAGAUUCUUCGUGAAGAAAAAGCGGAUUUGACCUUCAUCUUAAAGCAAGGUCGUAUUUUGGAAUGCUCAAAACAACAAGCAGCUCGUAUUGGUACCAACAGCCCUACAACUCCUGAGAUCAGUGCCAUUCAAGCAACACCUGCAAAUCGCCCGCUAACAAGUAAUGACCACCGACAACAGCCUAGAGGAUAUUGUAGAAAUUGUGGUGAAACAUGGCCCCAUGUUCCCUCCAAGCCGUGCCCAGCAUUUGGUAAAUCCUGCCGUUCCUGUGGAAAGCAAAAUCAUUUUGCUCGAGUCUGCCGCAGUCGGCCCCAAAAUCGCAACACCCAACGCCAAGGCCAGCAGCGUCCAAGACGUGAACAACUGAACCAAAUCUCUGAAGACAUCGUAUCUGAUGAUGAGGAGGGAUAUAUUUAUGCAACCAAUACUGACGGGGAACAUGCUAAUGUGAUCUCCAGGCCUCAGCUUCCCGUUGUCAUCAAUGGUGUUGAAAUUGUGAUGAUGAUCGAUUCGGGAGCAUCAGUGAACAUCCUCGACAAGGCAGCAUAUGAGCAAAUAGUUACGCAGAAUGAUCAUAUUCAGUUGCAAAAGACGUCGACACGAAUUUAUGCCUAUGGUGCAGCAGAACCUCUUGCCCUACUCGGAAAGUUUCAAGCCACUAUUGAAACCUUAUCAAGCAAAACCAAUGGUUCAUUUUACGUAGUUGAUGGCUUCCAUGGCUCCAUCCUUAGCCAUGACACUUCAGUCGCCUUGGGAUUAAUUUCAGUCCCACAUUCCAUCAACACAGUCAGUGCUCAAAAAUCCCUACCGCAGUUAUUGGAAGAAUACCAGGAUAUCUUCCAUGGAAUCGGCAAGCUCAAAGAUUUCCAAUUCCAAAUAUAUAUAGACCCAGAUGUAAAGCCUGUUGCCCAGCUGCCACGUCGUAUACCUUUUCAUAUCCGAAAGCAAGUAGAGCAAGAAAUCGAGAGCUUGGAACAGCAAGGCAUCAUUGAGGCGGUUGACGGCCCCACACCAUGGGUUUCACCUGUAGUGGCAGUCCCAAAAACCAGCAACCCCAAGGAAAUCCGUCUUUGUGUUGACCUCCGUCAACCAAACAAAGCUGUCCAACGCCAGCGCCAUCCCACACCUACCAUCGAGGAAGUCACAAACGAUUUGAAUGGGGCAAGUGUUUUUUCCAAACUCGACCUUCGUUCUGGAUACCAUCAAAUUGAGCUUACACCUGCCUCCCGGUACCUCACCACAUUUACCACGCAUAAGGGCCUCCGCCAAUAUACCCGUCUCCUUUUUGGUUUGGCCUCAGCCUCGGAAGUUUUCCAACAAGUUAUUCAACAGGCACUACAGGGAAUCCCAGGCGUGAAAAAAUUUCAGACGACAUUAUUGUGUUUGGGCGUACGCAAGAAGAACACGAUGCUGCUCUAG